CUACAGAGCAGAUAUGACAGCAUGUCCUGCCACCUGUGUGGACCCUGAGGCCCCGAAAACAUGUCUGAGGUACCCUGUAGAGGGUUGUGAGUGUGAUAGUGGGUAUGUCCUCAGUAAUCAACGCUGUGUACGCGAGGCCGAAUGUGGCUGUACUGAUGUGGACGGCGAGUAUUAUCCAAUAGGUACUGAGUUCGUUUCUAGUGACUGCUCAUUAGUAAAGCAGUGUAAAGCGGAAGGCGAUCAGAUGAAGAUUGUUAUCAAGGAAAGAAGGGCCCCAUGUGGUACUAAUGCCGAGUGUAAAACUAAGGACGGGGAAUACACGUGUGUAUGUAAGACACGGCACACCGGAGAUCCCCUGAAAGGUUGUAAGGAAAUAAUUUGUAGACCUAACGCCCACUACGUUGAAAAGGUAUCCGCAUGUCCUGCUACUUGUGAGAACCCUACAGCUCCAGACAGCUGUACGAAACCCAUGACGGAAGGCUGUGCCUGUGACGAGGGCUUCAUUAGGAAUGAGGGACAAUGUAUCCGCGUUCAGGAUUGUGGAUGUAGAGAUGAGGAUGGGAAACGUUAUCGGGACGGUACUGAAUUCGUCUCGAGUGACUGUUCAGUAGUAAGACAUUGUACAGCGGUAGGCAAUCAGAUGAAGAUUGUAGUCAAGGAAAGGAGGGGCCCGUGUGGCACUAAUGCCGAGUGUAAAGCUAAGGACGGGGAAUACACGUGUGUAUGUAAAGCACGGCACACCGGAGAUCCCCUCAAGGGGUGUAAGGCGCCGAGAGAAUGUCGCACGGAUGUACAAGGCACAGGCUAUCAAGGAAUUGUCUCGGAAACAGCAUCUGGAAAAUCUUGUAGAACCUGGAAUACUUUGAACAAACGGAAAUAUGCACUACUCGGAAGACAUAACAGUUGUCGCAAUCCAAAUGGUCAGAGGAUUUCACCAUGGUGUUUUUUAAAGAAUGGCAAGUCUUGGGAAUACUGCGACAUACCUAUGUGUAAUGGCAAAAAACCUGGGUGCAUUGCAACAACGACUCUAUCAUGUUCGGGUGCAGACGGUGGAGCCAAACGGUGUAGGAAAAACGGAAUCCAGUAUAUUACCUGGGUCGAUCAGAUUGCUAACACCAAGUGUGUCUUUGGUGAAACCUAUGGAAGACAGAGAGACGAAAUCUGGGUCAAUGGUGGUUGUGGCGGCGAUUUCUCAAUAUGUUAUAAACCAGACAAAAUGACGUACAGGCCGAACACAACUCCGGUAACAGAAUGCAAAAAGACAAAGAAAGGCACCGAUUAUAAAGGAACAUGGGGCAUCACCACUUCCGGUCGAUUGUGUCAGUCCUGGUCUUCCCAAUAUCCACAAAAACACAAACAUCACAAAAAGCUGGCAGGAGAAUCAAACUACUGUAGGAACCCUAACGGCCGGAAAAGACCCUGGUGUUUGGUUGACGAUCCAAAGUACAAAAAACAAUGGGAAUAUUGCGAUAUUUCAUAUUGUUGAGCAGAAGGCCAGCACGACAGCCGGACCCGGAAACACUUUAUCAAUAAACAUUUAAGCAAUCAUUUA